GAAUUAAACAAUCAGCAACGCGGUUCGUUGACAGCCUAUCCGUGGCAUUCAUAACCCGAACUCGUAAUUUUUGCUCUGAGGAAGCUCCCCUGUCGUCCUCUUUCUCCCUCCUUUUUCCAAAUUCUAUCAGCGUCGCGUAGAUCUGGCGAACGAUUUCGGGUUGGGGAUCCUAAUUGGCUGAAAGUUAGGGUUUUUGGAUGCUCCUGGAAUCGUCUAGCGAAAUUUUAAUUUCUUUUUCUUGUCCUGAUAGGGUCGGUUUAUCGGUUUGGGACGGUUUAUAGAUAGAUCCUGGUCGGAGAUGCAAACGGAGAGGGAUGUGAGGGAUUCGUACACUCUGUUGGAUGGAUUAGUCGAUGUACCAGUGCCUCGCUCGAGGGCGAGCGAGAUGAAUGGAUACGCAACUAUUCCGAUCUCUUCUUCUACAUCGGUUUCGUCUUCCUCUUCGUUAGCUCCUGUUGGUGCAAAUUUCAUCGAGCACCGCGUUUCCAAGAUGGACACACUCGCUGGUGUCGCAAUUAAGUACGGAGUUGAGAUUGCAGAUAUCAAAAGAAUGAACGGCUUGGUUACUGAUCUUCAGAUGUUUGCUCGCAAGUCUUUGCAGAUUCCAUUGCCGGGUAGACAUCCCCCUUCCCCGGUUAUGUCAAAUGGGUCAACUCAUAAAGGAGAGAAAACUCGUCAGCUUCAAUCUCGUGAUAUAGUAGAUUCACUCCAAUCUCUCAAACCGAAGCCUUCUCCCCGCCGCCUUUCCCCUGCAAUGUGCAGUUUACAGGGUUACUAUGGCCUUACACAAUCUAAUAAGAAUCAUCUACCUGAAGGCACUGAGAUGUCAGUCUUUAAAUCAGGGAAAUCUCUCAUGUUCGAAGAUGAUGCAAAGUUCCCGGAAUCACCUUCUUCCAAUCCCGUCCAUAGCCGGCUUCAGAAGACCCCAAACUUAGAUAAUGGCUUCGAAGUUUCUGAGAAUGUCAAUGAGCUCAAUGGAUGGAUCAGGAGACAACAGACACCAGAGAUUCUACUCAAGGAAGAAGGUACUGGAAGUGUAUUUUCAGGAAGGGCCGUUAAAGGUCUGGCUUUAAGGCCAAAGCUUGGGAGCAGAACUGACUUUGAUGAGGGUCACCAGAACACAUCAUUGGGCAGCGAUUCUCUUAUUACAGGAGAUGUUUCUCUCUCAGUUCGAAAAUCAUCGAGUGCCACGAGCUUAAGUGAGUCUGAGAACAUCUCGUCAAUUUGGCCUGCAAGCAAAUGGUCUUUGAAGCCAGAUGUAAUUGCCAGGCCAAUUUUUGAUGGAUUUCAAAAGCCUCUCGCUGCAUGGAGGAACAAAGCAGCUCUUGAUUAGCCAUUUUUUUAGACAUUUGAAAGUAUAUAUAUAUUUGUAUACGUAUGAAUAUGAUUUCUCGAAGGGAGAAGCAAUUAAGUGAGGAAUAUUAAAAAAAAAGAGACAAUCUUAUGUGAUUCUUGUUUCAAUUGAAGGAUGAAGAACACGAUACGUAUUCUUUUGUAAUAGCUAGUUUAUGGUAAAUGUUCAAGUGUAGAAUUCUCUGUUUGUAAAAUUCCAUCCAUGUAUUGUUUUGUUAAUUAUACAUUCCAGAUUCUGGGAUGUCUUGUUUUGGGGGCAUUGCUGCGUUCAAAGCACUUUGUGAAUUAUUUUA